AUGAAUGCCUCGAGAAUACUCUUUUGUUCUCCACUGAUCAAAGCUCGAGUGUCUCAUAUGGGAUUAUCGCAAUUACCCAUAUUAAAGAUUGCAUCACAACAAUCGCAAAUCCACUAUAAUAAAAGAUCAUUUUCAACAUUUACUACGAAUAGAAAUAUCACACUAAUACAACGCCAACGCCGAUUGUAUUCCGAUUCUAAACUGCAGAACGAAACAAUAUCUACUUCAACUGAUUCUAACGCAUCUGCUGCAUCUCCAGCGUUUGAAACAAAACAACAACAGGAGCAGCAACACUCAACGAAGGGUUCACCUUCUUCUUCUUCUUCUUCUUCUUCUCCUUCCUCAGGUGCUGGGACUCCACCACCUCAACAGACAGCAGUCUCCCAUGCCAUAUUAGCAACACAAGAACAAGAGGCAAACAAAGAUUUGACAAAUCCAGAUUCUCAAGCAACCUUUUAUAAACUAUUAUUACAAUCAAAUUAUCCACAAUAUGUAGUGUCAAGAUUUGAAACUCCAGGUAUAGCAUCCUCUCCAGAAUGUAUGGAACUUUACAUGGAAGCGUUACAAAGAAUAGGUAGACAUUCUGAGGCAGACGCAGUAAGACAAACCCUAUUAACUGCGAGUUCAGCCGGUGCAGUAAAUCCAUCUUUAGCAUCAUCUGGUUCAAAUUCUAAUUCAUCUAGUUAUCAUUCCACUUUCCCAUCUUUAUAUUCUCCAUUCUAUGGAUCAAGAAAGGAACCAUUACAUGUCAUAGUCUCAGAAUCUACUUUCACUAUAAUAUCAAGAUGGAUUAAAUGGCUUGUUGUAUUUGGUCUUUUGACAUACGGUAUCACUGAAGGUUUCAAAUAUAUAACAGAAAAUACCUCCUUAUUGAAAAAUUCAGAAGUAGCAGAUAAAUCAGUAGAUGUAGCCAAGACAAACGUUAAAUUCGAUGACGUACAAGGUUGUGAUGAAGCUCGUGCUGAAUUAGAAGAAAUCGUUGACUUCCUUAAGGAUCCAACUAAAUAUGAAUCAUUAGGUGGUACUUUACCUAAAGGUGUUCUAUUGACGGGUCCACCGGGCACUGGUAAAACAUUAUUAGCAAGAGCUACAGCAGGUGAAGCUGGUGUGGAUUUCUUUUUCAUGUCAGGUUCUGAAUUCGAUGAAGUUUAUGUAGGUGUCGGUGCUAAAAGAAUUCGUGAAUUGUUCUCACAAGCUCGUGCAAGAGCUCCAGCUAUCAUUUUCAUUGAUGAAUUGGACGCUAUUGGUGGGAAAAGAAAUCCUAAAGAUCAAGCAUAUGCUAAACAAACUUUGAAUCAAUUGUUAGUGGAAUUAGAUGGGUUUUCACAAAGUACCGGGAUCAUUAUUAUUGGUGCUACCAAUUUCCCUGAAGCAUUAGAUAAAGCUUUGACAAGACCUGGUAGAUUUGAUAAAGUUGUUAAUGUUGAUUUACCUGAUGUUCGUGGACGUGCUGAUAUUUUGAAACAUCAUAUGAAAAAAGUUACAUUGGCAUCAGAUGUGGAUCCUACUCUUAUCGCUAGAGGUACACCAGGUUUAUCGGGUGCAGAAUUAUCUAAUUUAGUUAAUCAGGCUGCAGUGUAUGCAUGCCAACAAAAUGCUAUCGCUGUAGAUAUGUCACAUCUUGAAUGGGCCAAGGAUAAAAUAUUAAUGGGAGCAGAAAGAAAGACCAUGGUCUUGACAGAUGCUGCAAGAAGAGCUACAGCAUUCCAUGAAGCUGGUCAUGCAAUAAUGGCUAUGUAUACUACAGGUGCUACUCCAUUAUAUAAAGCUACCAUUUUACCAAGAGGUAGAGCAUUAGGUAUUACAUUCCAGUUACCUGAAAUGGAUAAAGUUGACACUACCAAAAAGGAAUGUUUAGCCACUUUAGACGUUUGUAUGGGUGGUAAGAUAGCUGAAGAACUCAUAUAUGGGAAAGAUAAUACUACAAGUGGAUGUGGAUCUGAUUUGAAAAGUGCUACUAAUACAGCAAGAGCAAUGAUAACACAAUAUGGUAUGAGUGAUGAAGUUGGCCCUGUUAAUCUUGCUGAAAAUUGGGAAACUUGGUCAAAUUCAAUUCGGAAUGUAGCUGAUAAAGAAGUUAUAGAAAUAUUAAAAGAAUCUGAAGAAAGAACAAGGAAACUUUUGACUAAAAAAAUAUAG